AUGGAACCCGCGAACUCACUAGUUGACAUCGGAUCCCACAGUCUUUUUCUUUCCCUCCGUGGGAUCUCCCGGGCCCCCGGCAGCCCGUUGGUUGUCUUUAUAGUCGGCGCCGGGGACGUGUGUGCCUCGUUCGUGGCCGUGGCGCGACUUGUAGGCGGGUUUGCGCCCAUGAUGUUGUAUGACCGCUCAGGGCUGGGUCGCAGCCAGGACGGCCCUGAUCCACCACGCGCGACAACCGCAGCCCAGGAACUGCGCCUGCUGCAAAUCCAGGCCGGGCUCGAGCCCCCGUUUCUCCUAGUCGCCCACUCGUACGGCGGUAUCGUCGCACGCGAGUACCUGGAGCGAUACCCCGGCUUAGUAGCUGGCAUGGUACUGGCGGACGCGGCGACAGAGGAACAGAUCGAGCUGAUCGGCGACGAGCAUCGUCGGGCCAUCGACGCCGUCCUGGGGGACCUGAGCUUUGCCCGGGUCACUGGCUUGCGCGACCGGGCCCGUCUAUCGCGCGACGAAUGGCGUACACGAGCGAUUGACAUCGCACGCGGUCGAUCAACGUCCGAGGCAGAGGCCGGUUCUGCACACGAGAUAUGCCAGACCCUGGGACGCAAAGACCAAUAUCGCCGGCAAGUCUUGGGAGCGAAGCCAUUGGUCGUUCUCCGAGCCCGAAGCUCGCACGACUACGAACGCAUCUACGCAGCCGGGGUGGCGGCCGGCCACGGCACAGAAGCCCAGCGAAGCUCAUUUCGCCAACUGCUGAAUCGCUGGGACUCGGUGGAUCGCAGAAUGCAAAUGGCACAAUUGCAGCUGUCUUCGACUCAUCGUUUCGUGGACCUGCCGGACUGUGGCCAUCACAUUCAUUUAAUCCGUCCCGACUUGCUGGCGGCGCAAGUGCAGUGGGUGAGGGACGCCGUCCUGUCAUCGAACGAGCCAUUGGAAAACCUUUAA